AUGGCGACAUCGGCUUUCAAAUCGACGUCGAAGAGGACCACAAUUGGCGGCUCCAGCUCCGAAGAUCCAAGUACCACUGGCCGGUCUCACAACCGGUCCAGAAGUCUCAGCCGGUUCUCCCGACCGGAGGUGGUUUCUAAGCCGAAGGGGAAGUUUGUCAGUACGGUCAGAGGAUUGGGGGAGUGUACGGAGAUCAGCCUUGAUGAUCUCGCGAUUGAGUUUUUCUCGUUGAGAAACGAGAAUGAGAGCGAUGGAGGGACGGGGGAGAGGGAGGACCGAUCGGUUUCGCAUCGUAGGGGUAAGGGUGAGGGAGGUGGCUCGAAGAUUGGACGGUGGGCUAGUGAUACGGCAUCGUCUAGGAGAAGGGGGAGGUCAGUGUCAAGGAAUGGUGGAGGUGACAGUAAAAGUUAUAUUGUUUCUAGUGGCUCUGGUGGUGGGGAUAAAAGUGUUACUACUGCUGAGGCCGGUUCACGGCGCAGGAGGUCCCUCUCUGUGGCUCGGUAUCAUAUUAGUGACUCUGAGAGUGAGGUAGAUCAUUCUCAGAAUCCAUGCAAUCGUGCUAUUGUGAAGGGUCCUAUUAGGGGGAGGAGUCAAAUUCCUUCAUCACGGAAGCCAACAGCUUUAAACAAUCAACAACCGGAAAUACCGCUUAACAAAAAAGAUCAGUCGCUGUUACACGAUGGCUACUCUAGCCACUCCUCUGCCCUAACUGAUGAUGAAUCGAAGACUGUGCGUAUUGGUAGAAAUAGAUUUGAGAAGACAAUCCAGGCAGUUUAUACAGAGAAGGCUGAGCUCCAUACAGAGAAUGCUUUGAACAGUGGGUUGUAUGAAGCAAUGCGAAAAGAACUUAGAUAUGCUGUUGAAGAAAUUCGGACUGAACUGAAUCAAGCCAUGGGGAGAGAUCAAGCAGCGUUAUCAAAUGGCAAUUUUUUGCAGGUGGACAAACCCGAAGUUCUUCAGGAUUUUUCAGUAAUCAGAAAUAGUUAUACUACAAAGUUAGAACAGUCAGAGAAGCGCAAGCAACAUCUUCUCACUGAAAUAUUGCUAGAGGAGCAACGAGGACGGGAUCUCUCCAAAAUUGUUAGAGAUUUACUUCCUGGUUUAAGGACUUUAUCUGUUGCUCAGAAGCCAUCCCGAGCUAGAAAGAGAAGUAGUGACAAAAGUCGGGCAUCAAAGCAAUUGAAUGAGGAGGCAGAAAAAUAUUUCGUGGACUUCAUUUCUAAUGUUGAAGACACGGACAUAUCUUCAUUUGAUGGAGAAAGAAGUGAUGGAAGUUCGACCAUAGGGGGCACUCGAAAGGCAGGAGAUUCUUCAAUAAGAGCAGAAGCCGAAAGCUAUCAAAGUCCCGUUGAAAUGGAGGGUGUUCUUUUACCUUGGUUGAAGUGGGAGACUAUUCCCGAUGGUUCUCUUUCAGGAAAAAAUAAAGCACAGACUCCUGUCACUCCAAAAGCACUACAGUGGGACUCAGAAAAGGACGGAAUCUCAUUAAAUGACUCAACUAAUCAUUCAACCAGCAGUCAUGGGAGUUGGAGUCCUGUAUCCUUGAAUAGUACUCCUUCAAAUGGAAGAGAAUACAGUGGAGGCAAAACCAGACAAUUUGGUGAUGAACUAGUAUCGCCGCAUUUUAACACAGACAAAUACCUUAAACUCGAGAAUAGCGAGGAAGUCUUGUUUGAAAUGUAUAAAGAACGAAACAGAAUUAAAUCUGGUGGUCUUUUGCUUUGUAACAGCGUAUUUUAG